AUGACAGUGAAUUUAGGGGCACUGGCUUCGAAGCCCCAGAGAGCGGCCCGAAGGCUGGGAACCAGAAGGUGGGUAGACGGGCGCUCCUCAGGGAGGUGGAGGGGUUUUGUGAGAAGCGGUGGGGCAGGGCGGAGACUCGGACCCCAGGAGCCUACGGCACCCCUAGGGGUGGAGGCAGGCCCCGGGCUCUCUCAGCCUACCGGCGCCAGUCAUCCCGCCAAGGAGGGCCGCCUAAACCCUCAGGGGGCUCGCAGGCGCCUGAGGUUCCACUCCCUGUCCCUGAAAACACCACGGACUUCUGUUCCGGGUUUCUCCAUUGACUGCCCAAACCCCGCAGAAAACGCAAAGCAUCAGAAACCCCACCACCACCCUCCUAAGUUCCCCCAAGUCCGAGCGCCGGAACCAAAGGUUCCAGAAACGGGCGGGGCAGCCGACGCGGGCCUGCUGGAGUCAGGGCUGAGCAGAGCCGCAAGAGCGUCCGGAGCUCGGAAAUCUCGCCCGCUACGACCCCGGGUGGGCGGCAAGGUUGGCGCGGGUUACCGGUGCGGGGAGCGGAGCGCAGCGGGGAUGCCCGGGCUGCCAACUUUAGAAAAUGGACAGCAAGGUGCGAAGAAGAAAGGCCCUGCGUUCCUUUAGGAUUCUUGUCUCUCAUCUGCAGCAUCAGAGAGCUGGAGAGCAUGAGAGCCUUGGUUCUCAACCUGCGGACAUCUGGAUGACACAGUUCUGGGUCAUGAAGAACAAGCCCGAGACUACACGAGGCCGAGACUCAUUGGAAGACAGAGAACACACAAGUCAGGCAAGACAGCCAUAGAUCAAGCCCGGCCUGGAAGUAGAUGUUGACUGCCUAGAACAGCAUCAGCAAACUAUGAUCCAUGGGCCAAAUCCUGCCCACUGCCUGAUUUGUAAAUAAAGUUAUACUGGAACUGUUUGAGUAUCGCCUAUGGCUGUUUUUGUACUCCAAUAGUACAGUAUUGUAUAGUGGCAACAUAGACCAUGUAGCCCGCAAAGUCUAAAAUGUUUACUGUGUGGCCCUUUAUGAAAAAGUUCACUGGGUUCUGGUCUAGAAGCGCUCUCCUUGGUACAAUUGCUGUCUGAGAAGUGAAGAUGGGCAGCAUUUGUUCAAACACUGUCGGGGAGACUCAGAACUCAUGGACUCUCUAUCUCUCACAAUGUGAGACUCCACAAGACAAAGUUUGGUGUUUAUUUGUCAAGGGAAGGGGAAAGGAAGGCAGGUCCUGGAGACCCAGGAAACAAUGCAAGACACAAAGGGAUACAGAGGCAAAAGGAACAGUUGAAAACAUGGGCAACAUUGCCAAUUAAACCAAAGUUCUCGGCUGAGCUUGCCUGAGUGCAGAAGGAGCAGGGACACGAGAAGUGUGUCCUGGGCCAUGGGAGGGGCGUGUUUCUGCAGGUGCAGAGAUGGGGUGAAUUACUCAGGGCCUGGGGAAGGAAACACAAGGAAGACACACUAAGCCUCUGAGGGCAGACCUUAGGAACAUCACAACAUCUUCAGGAAUCAGAGGUGAAUCUCUAACUGUGGACCCUCAUACUCCCACACUAGUCAGGCAUUGGAUGCGGCUGUCCCAGGAGGAGCGCUGGCCUUGGGCGAGGCUGUUUCUUCAACUGACACAAUUUCCAACGAAGGUUACAGCUGAGGACCUUCUGCCAGCAGUUCCCAGCAGUUGGGGAAGAAGCUCUGUCUUCCUGCAGAAGCCUCUAGGCAAAGCUUUGCAGCAUCUGCCAUGUCUACAAAAUGAUUUAAGAGAAGCAGAUGUCGCAUUCUUUUGGAACUGACAUUAAAGUAACGGACAUUUACUCUGUCAUUCACUCGUUUUUAUUCCAUAAAUUGUAUAAUUAUA